UGCUACCAGUGAUCGAAUUACUAUGGAGACUGUACACAUAGUGUAUAGUCUCCAUAGAACCUACACUGCAUUUUGCUGCAUUUAUUGAUAAUCACAGGCCUUUUCAUGCAUCGCCAGCCCGUGUGAAUUUAAAGACAAAAAAUUCAAGCUGUGUUUAAUUAAAAAAAAAAUUCUAUUUUUGCAUUAAAUACUGCGGUUAAGCACCAUGGAAAUCGACGAUGAGGCUUUUUUGGAGGAUCUCUUUCAGAAUGUAGAUUUAGCAGGUAACUGUAGGAAUAAUAAUCGCUCAAGAAAUAAUCUUGAUGAUGAAAUUCGUCCGGAAAAUGAUGGAUUAAAUCCCAAUGCUGCCGAGUUUGUUCCAAGAAAUGGUGAUGGGGACAACGUACAACAGAAUGAUCCUCCAAGAAACGAUGGAGAAAUCCCAAUUCCAAAUCUUCUGGGUAACCGUCAACAGAAUUUGGAGAUUGAAGCAAAUCCUGAAGACCCAAACGGUGAAAGGAUUAGACAAGCUCCAGGUGACUUAGGAAAUGAUGGUGGUGUACGAGGUCGUCGCGACGCAAGAGUGAUGAAUGAUGAUGAGCGUCGUCAAAGAUUGGCAGCAAUUAUACAAGAAAACGAAGAGAGGGCUAAUAGAGCGCGUCUUGCUUACGAAAAUUUAUAUGGAAGAGAUUUAGACAGAAAAGCUAGGCAUCAACGUGAAGUUCUAGUUCCAAGACAGGUUUUGAGGCCGAGAGAUAAUGAGCGACAAAAUCAAGUUAGAGUUUACAUGAAUCAAAACGCAUUGGAUCAUCGUAGGAAUCAAAACCUAGGCUAUGACUAUGAUAAUGGACGAGGGUGGCCGCAACAUAGAGGCCAAAAUGUUGACAAUGGUUGGCAGCAGGAAAAUUAUGGACCAAACCAAGAUGCUGUGGGCCCAAUGCGUAAUCGAAGAGGAAGAUACCAAAGAGACCGAGACGCAACGUACUGGAGAUCGAGGUAUUAUCAGAUACGGAGCCAGAACAGAAAAGUCAAAGACUUUUUUUUUCAUGAUCGUAACUAAAUUAAGUUUAAAAUUGUCAGUGGAGGUAAAAAUAUUAAUAACAUGUGAUGUUUUAUAGUAUUUGAUAUUUUGAGUUGUUUCGAGCUGAAAUGUAAUCUCAAGAUGGGUGAUUUAUAAAAUAACUUAUUAACUAAGAUUGUGAUACGUUAAAUAAGUGAUAUAAAUUAUCAAAAAUGCA